AUGGCCGAGGUGGUCGAGCGUAAUAUAGAGAGUAGCCUUGAGGAGAUUACCCAUAUUCGGAAGGCAAAACUCUUCAAUGAAGCUGAAAUAAGAGAGAUUGUUCGACUUAGAAGACAACACGAGUACAACAUUCAGAAACGCAAUAAAAGAAUAUCAGAUUAUGAUUCCUACAUUGCUACGGAGCUUGGCAUUUUACGGCUCAUUGGACUGCGUCGAAUAAAGACAAUGGAUUAUAGAUUCAAAGAUGAGAUUGAGAAAUCUAUUAUCUCUCGUCUUGUUCGUCUUCACAGACAAUCGUGCUACAGAUUUCAAGGGCAUUUGGAUGUGUGGAUGCGAUUUCUGCAUUUCAAUCGCAAGCUUGGACGUCACAUGGCUGUGGUUCGUUUAUGGGAACGAAUUCUUCAGGUUCAUGGAAGAACAGAUCCGCGACUUUGGGCUGCAGCUGCUGCGUUCCACUUAAACGAAGGCUGUCGUGCCCAGGCAAGAUCGCGCUUAUCAAAACUUAAGGAUGAGCGUCACGCUCUUAAAUUGGCCUCCAAAAAGUUGAGACGUCUUGGGAAGAACCCCACUUGUCCCCAGGAGCGAACGCUUUUGCGCAUGGAGACCUACCAUUUUAAAAAACUUCGCCAAUCCCUAAACCGCUCAGUUCAACUUACUUGGGAUCAUAGUCAUUUACGAGGCAUUAGAGAGGCCCGACGACUUCUCAUUCAAGGUCUUUCCUUCAACGAGGACUCUGUGGAUCUUUUGCUGGAACUUCUCAAACUGGAAGGUGCAGCCGCCGAUUUUUUUGCGAAACGUGUUUCAAAGCGACUAGCCAAGGCACAAGAGCUCGAUAUGGAAGAUGAUGCAUUGAAAUCUGUGGAGGACAAUGGAUCAAAAUCGAAACGAGCUCAGCGUCUUGAACGUGAGACGGAGAUGAAGGUUAAAGAGGAAAGGGAAAAUGCAGCAAAUUUUAUGAAGGAAGUUACCGAAGAUGUGGAUUUUGUUAUGUCGGGUGGGGCCUUUAAAUUGGUCUUGGAGCGCUUUCUCACCUUCCCAAAGGCUACAUCAAAGCAUUUGGCAGCUGCAGUGGAGAUUGCUCAGAAGUUCUCCGGUUUUGCUGACGUGGACCUCCUAGCCAAACUUAGGACAAGGCAACAAGAUCUGUGUGAAGCAGAAACUGCUGAAGCCAUAAGGAGGCGAGAAAAGAAUGCCAACGAGGAGUUAAAUUCCAUUUCCUUAUCUGAAGAAGCCACCGUAGCUGCUGACGCCCAUUACAGAGGAUUUCAGGAACUUCUUGAUCAAGCUGCUAAGACUGGAAACGAUUGUGACAUCGACACCGCAUUUGCAACAUGGAAGGAAUGGUAUCAACCAGCCAAAAAACCCAGUGAUCUUUUGCAAAUUAUUGACCCCUCCGUUGACCCCAGGUGGAUGAAGCUACUCACUCUUCGGAUAUAUGCCCUUGUUGUGGCUAAAACCAUUGCCAAGGCGAAGAUUGACAAGGCGGAAACGAAGGAUGAGAUGCUAAAGCUGUAUCAAGAUUUCAAAAUCAAGCAGGAUGCCCGUGUUCAGGAUACAAGAGGCUUAAUGGACCUGCUGGCUACAUCGAGUUGGGGUUCAAAAGUGGCCGACUUCUGGCAUCUGUACUUGGAGUUUGAGGAAAAACUUGGCGAUUGUUCACGUUUGCCUUCUUUGCGGUGGAGGGCGGAGAAGUGCUUGAAUGAGGGUCCGCGAACCAAAUUUCUUACUGAUUUAUCGACUAUUACUGGCCAGAAGAUGCAGUUUUUGUAG